AUUAUCAAUAUGUAUGGUGAGCUAAUAAUGGAUGCAGUCCCUGAUAAGGUUCAUUUCUUCAACAGCUUUUUCCAUAGACAGCUGGUAACCAAAGGAUAUAAUGGGGUGAAACGAUGGACUAAAAAGGUGGACCUCUUCAAAAAGACCCUCUUAUUAAUUCCUAUUCAUCUGGAAGUCCACUGGUCCUUAAUUACUGUGAAUCUCCCUAACCGAAUUAUUUCAUUUUAUGACUCUCAAGGCAUUCAUUUUAAGUUCUGUGUAGAGAACAUACGGAAAUACUUGCUGACAGAAGCUAAAGAAAAAAACCGGCCCGAUUUCCUCCAGGAUUGGCAGACGGCUGUUACAAAGUGCAUUCCACAACAGAAAAAUGACAGUGACUGUGGAGUUUUUGUACUCCAGUACUGCAAGUGCCUCGCCUUAGACCAGCCCUUCCAGUUCUCUCAAGAGGACAUGCCCAGAGUGCGAAAAAGGAUUUACAAGGAACUCUGUGAAUGCCGACUAAUAGACUAAUAGAAAAAGAAGGGGGGAAAAAAGCAGCCCUUGGUAUUUUCUGAAGAGUCCCAGCUGGUAUUUGUGUACUUGAAUUUUCUGAGAAGAAAGAAACUUCCAUGAAUUUCAAACUAGUCUUGGUGGAAUGGUUAUAGCCAACAGAAUUACCUCAAGCAUUUUUUUUUCCUUUCAAUCUGUACCCGGUGAACCUACCGCAAAAUAUUCCCAACGUCAAGGGGGUGGGGUGGGGUUUUAUUCUAAUGUUCUUUCCUGUAUUUAAUAUUUAUUAUCUUAACGCAUGCGCAUAGGCAAAGCAUGCGACUAAAAAGCAAAGAGAAGUAUAAAACUGUAGAAUUGGUGCACCUUUGAAAUGUAGCUAGAAGUGACAAGAAUAAUACAGGUUUAAACGUUUUUUGUCUGAAAACAUGAAACAUGCAUGAUCCAUUUUUCCAAUGCAAUAAUCUUUGAAUGUACACAAAAAGAAAGAAAGAAAAGAGAAGAAAAUCCCAAUUCCACGAAAAGGAUAUCCAGAAUCUUUUUCUUUUCUUUUCUUUUCUUUUCUUUUUGUAAAAAUUAUGUUUUCUUCCUAGUCCCUUCCCCGUUAAAUUGGGAAGAAAGAUAGUUGGAAACUGGACUCUGUAUGUAGUUUGUGAAAAUCCAUUUUAAUUGGUCAUUUUAUUUUUAUUUUUAUUUUGCCAAGUGGUACUAGAUCACAGUCUUCAGACCGUUCGGAAAUAAUUCUUUGUACCACAAACUCUUUUAGCGCAAAUAAAAUAUGGAGAUGCUCGUUCAGUUGGAUUUGGCAGUCUUGCUUGUAGAUUUACAGAGGAAAUGUUGACAUUUGAUUUCAUUUUUAAGCAACAUCUGGGUCACGGUGCCUCACCUUCGCAGCUUUAAGAUGCGUGGACUUCAACUCCCAGAGUUUCUG